GAACUACGAAACAGAAUGAAGGUUCUAACGAUAGCAGCAUUCGCGAUUUUAUUGGCAGUGGUUUCUGCCAGGCCGAACGGUGCUUGGAGAGGCAAUAACGGCGGUGGCUGGAAUGGCAAUGGCAACGGCUGGAAUAAUAAUGGAAAUGGUGGCAAUUGGAAUGGCAAUGGAAACAAUGGUAACUGGAAUGGCAAUGGAAACGGCGGCAACUGGAAUGGCAAUGGAAACGGCGGCCACUGGAAUGGCAAUGAAGGUGGCUGGAAUAACGGACAUAAUCAUGGCCAUGGAAAUGGUGGACAUCAUGGCAAUGGAGGUCAUGGAAAUGGUGGAAAUCAUGGAAAUAAUCAUGGAAAUCGCCCACCCCCACCUCCACCACCACCAACAACCACUGUAUUGCCCGAUGAAACUACUCAGGAUGAUGUGAUUUGGACAACCGAUAAGCCUAUUGAAGUUCCAACAACCUCCCAGCCUGAACUUCCUGAGGAUUCUACCACACAGGCACCUGAAGAGCCAGCAGAGUCUUCUACACAAGCACCUGAAGAGCCAGAGGAUUCCACGACUCAGGCACCCGAAGAGCCAGCUGAGUCCUCAACACAAGCACCUGAAGAGCCAGAGGAUUCCACGACUCAGGCACCCGAAGAGCCAGCUGAGUCCUCAACACAAGCACCUGAAGAGCCAGAGGAUUCCACGACUCAGGCACCCGAGGAGCCAGCAGAGUCUUCUACACAAACACCUGAAGAGCCAGAGGAUUCCACGACUCAGGCACCCGAAGAGCCAGCUGAGUCCUCAACACAAGUUCCUGAAGAGCCAGAGGAUUCCACGACUCAGGCACCUGAAGAGCCAGCAGAGUCCUCAACACAAGCACCUGAAGAGCCAGAGGAUUCGACGACUCAGGCACCCGAGGAGCCAGCAGAGUCUUCUACACAAGCACCUGAAGAGCCAGAGGAUUCGACGACUCAGGCACCCGAAGAGCCAGCAGAGUCUUCUACACAAGAGCCAGAAGAUUCUACAACACAGGUAUCUGAAGAUUCUACAACAGAAGCUUCCGGAGAGCCAGAAGAUUCAACAACUGCCGUCGAUGCAGAGUCCACCACAGAGGCCGAAGAGGGUAGUGGUUCCACAGUCUAAAUCGAAGUGAUACACUUUUCGCAUUGGAGCCAAUAAUUUUCCACAUUAAAUCUUUGAAAGCUUUAUGCAAAUCAUGAAUUUCAUUAUUUAAGUGAUUUGGUGUUAUGUUAAGUAUGUAGUUGGUUUUUACUUUAAUUAUAUAAGCAUAUACCUACAUGUACCUACAA